GACUAGAGUAGUCUAGAAUCAAUCGUCCGCCUCAUCUCAGAGAUAUGGAGCCACUUUUUUCUGACUGAAACAGUAAGGUUUCUUUCCUGGAGACCAAAAGAAGACUCUGCUCUGCACUCCUUGUUCAACCAGUAGUCUGCACUUCACCUAAGAGGCAUGGAGCGAAUGGAACUGAAGAAAGUGAGCACAGAGGCGGAUGAAGACAGCAAUGACAGCCUGGAUGAGCGUUACACAGGGCCCAUCGAUUCAGAAAAGGCCACAAUUAACAGUGGGUUUAUUGAUGAGGAGGACGCAGAGAGUCAAAAAUUUCUCACAAAUGGACUAGCGAAAAAGAAGUUUGAGGAGUAUCAUGAAGAAUAUCAUCCAGGUCAUAUUUCCACUGGGAUGUCUGUUUUUAACCUCAGCAAUGCCAUCAUGGGUAGUGGGAUUCUGGGUCUAUCUUUUGCCAUGGCCAACACUGGAAUCAUUCUCUUUUGCAUUCUGCUCUUUGCUGUGGCUAUUCUCUCACUCUACUCUAUACACCUGCUGCUGGUUACAGCAAAAGAAGGAGGUUCACUUAUCUAUGAAAAGCUGGGUGAACGGGCGUUUGGCUGGCCAGGGAAAAUGGCUGCGUUUGGAUCUAUAAUCAUGCAGAAUAUAGGAGCCAUGUCGAGCUACCUGUUCAUAGUGAAAUACGAGCUACCCGAGGUCAUUCGAGCCUUUCUGGGACUGGAGGAGAUAUCUGGUGAAUGGUACCUCAAUGGUAAUUACCUGGUGGUGUUUGUGUCUGCUGGUAUUAUACUACCCCUGGCCCUUCUCAAAAACCUUGGCUACCUGGGUUACACCAGUGGAUUCUCUCUCUCGUGUAUGGUCUUCUUUGUAGGGGUGUUGAUUUACAAGAAGACCCAGCUUCCAUGCCCUUUACCGUUCUUCUUCCACCACGCAGCUAAUAUGAGUCUGAAUGGUUCAGAAUUGAGUCCUUACAUGCUACAUAACAGCUCAGCUCUAAUGGAUUUCUCUCAAGCCAUUGUGGGCAAUGAUCACCUGGACCCGCACUCUCCUGCAGUGUCCCAUGUUUCUGGUGUCCACUACACCCCACACGCAGAGAAUUAUGUGGACAUGUGCACACCUAAAUACUUUGUGUUCAACUCCCAGACCGCGUACACUAUUCCUAUUCUGGCUUUUGCCUUUGUGUGUCACCCAGAAGUCCUUCCCAUCUACAGUGAACUCAAAGAUCGCUCUCGAAGGAAAAUGCAGCGUGUAUCUAACCUGUCCAUUCUGGCUAUGCUUGUCAUGUACAUGCUGUCAGCUCUGUUCGGCUACCUCACGUUCUAUGAUAACGUUGAAGCAGAGCUGCUACACACCUUCACUAAAGUGUAUAAGUUUGACACUAUGCUGCUCUUGGUGCGUUUGGCUGUGCUGACUGCUGUAACGCUCACCGUUCCCAUUGUCCUCUUUCCUAUUCGCUCAUCUAUCACCACACUGCUUUUUCCUGGUCGAGAAUUCAGCUGGAUCCGGCACAUCCUCAUCGCCGCCGCCAUCCUGAUGUUUAACAAUCUCCUUGUGAUCUUUGUUCCAACCAUCAGAGAUAUUUUUGGCUUCAUAGGCUCCUCUGCUGCCACGAUGCUGAUCUUUAUCCUACCUGCUGCCUUCUAUCUGCGCCUGGUGAAAAGUAUACCAUUCAGAUCCACCCAAAAGAUAUCCGCAGCCAUUUUCCUGACAGUCGGCGUUGUCUUUAUGAUCGGCAGCUUGUCUCUCAUCAUCCUCGACUGGAUCCAUAAUCCCCCAGGCUCUGGAGGUGGCCACUAAACUUCCCCAAAGUCGCUGACUGAGGUUUACAAUACGCAAUGUGACAGUCACAUUGCCGAGUUCACCCUCGAACACAGUAUUACCAACAGACGUUCAGCCAUCAGAAUCUUUCUCUGUCUCUCUGUUUUACUGAUAUCAUUACACAUCAUCUGUAUGUGCCAUUUGCCUCGUUUUAGAUCAGAUCCUGUAGUACUUUAGUGCAUAGUGAAUGUAGAUUGAUGCUGAGAAUUACUAAAAAUGUUCAUACUUGCAUUGCAGCACAUUUGAAUAGGUAAUGUCACAGAGUUCUUGCUUUGGAAAAGAGAUAGAAAGAGAUGCAAAAAAAAAAAACACUGAGUCUGACUCAGCUGCCUCAAAAGAAAUGGCCACCUCUUCUUUAGGAGGUCAUUUUUAGGUUGUAUAAAGAGCACUUUUAGAUUGCGUUUUAAUAUUUUUUAUAUGUGUUCACAAGCAGGUGAAUUCACUCGAACACACAUGCUAACAAAGACGUUUUUUAACUAACAUCAGUGUUUAUACAUGUCAUAGAGCAUUUCUUGUUUAGGCCAUAAUCUAUUUUUAAAAAGAAUUUUCAUAUUAUAUUGCUGAUGGUAGUUUAAUCUGAUCAAUCACAUUAUUAUCUUGUUUGCAGACUUGUAAAGUCCUAAGCUGUUUUUAUCUCAAGGGAAAUGUUCCAGUUUAGUGUUUCCACUCAAGAGAAUUAGAAAAUCCUUGAGUUAAGAGUCAUAUCCGCUUAUAUUAUGCUGGAUGCAUAGUGUCAGUAAGACAAACUGAAUAUGUGAUUCAGUUGACGUGAUGGCUUCAGAAACAUUCGCCUAAAUGCUGAGUCCACCUGCAUUUCAGCUCCGAUGCUGUCACUUUGACUCCGGGCAUGGAACAAAAAUAAAAUGGCUGACAUUGACAUUGAGAACUUGAUGCCUGGAAGGCCUGUACAGUAUAGUCAUCGACCACUCUGAACCUCACAUACCAGUUAACUUGACUAGUGCUUUAUUCUGAAUGUAAGGGAGUGAUUGCUUUCAGAUCUGAUGAUAAAAUUCCUAAAAUUUUCUAAUGUACUGUACUGCAGUGCCCUGCAUCAUGGUCCUGACACAACAGCUUGUGGAGCAGGAUUGAUUCAGAGAGUUACGGGUGGUAGCACGGUCCCACAAGUGACACCUAUGACGAUAAUUCAACAAAACAUCCUCUAAAAUGCUUAAAUAGUCAUUGGGCUCAAAUGAACCGUAUGCCGUCAAUCAAUUGUGAACAUUACUGAAGAGCCAAUCAAAGACAAACAGUACUGAAGAGCCAUUGGUGGAGUUAAAAAAAAACACAGGUCACAGGUGCAGGGAAAUGCAGAGCUUUUUGUUUUUAUUGUGUUAAUUCUGCACUUAAUUUAAUAAAAUUCGAACUCUAUUUUUAAUCCUGUCCCCUUACUUUUAUAGAUCGCUUCUUCCAACCCCCUCUGCCACAAUGAAACGACAUACAGUAGAUCUAAAUGAAAGGCUUAUCCACCACUAGUAAAUAUAUGAAAUGCAUUUGUUUGAGACAGGACGCAAGGAUACAGGCUAAACAUAGCCAUCACAGUGUGGGAGCACACACUACAGUAUUGUACUGUACAGCUCCUCAAAUUUCAAACAUUUACUGUGCGUAUGUCUACUGAAGGUUUGCCAUAGUCACAGCUUCCCUUAUAUCGGGCUAUAAAAAGGGGUUAAAAUAGUAAACAUCCAGACCAGUUUUCCCGUUAUAAGACUAUUUGGUAGGCAUUACUGUCUUUUUGCAAGUUUUUUAAAAUGCUUGUGAUCAUGUACACUGUAAAAUAUAUCAGUAGAUCAAACUGAAAAAUACAGUCAGGUGACAAAUGAUCCCAAAAAACAUCUGUGGUAAUGAACUGUCAUUAGCACAGAUGACUACACUGAUGAAAUUGAGCAUUGAUUCUCUAAAAGAUGUUUCGUCUGAGGUUUUGAUGAUGGUGGUUGAGAGAGCUGUGUAUUACCCCACACAUCAAACCAAAAUUUCCCUCAGCUUUCCAACCCAAUUAAGAUCUGGUGAGUGUAAAGCCCCACCACCUGAUAAACAUCAUUUUUUGUAGUGAGGAUAGGGACACUGACAUUCUGAAAGAGAUCGUUCCCAUAAGUAUAGAAAUGGCAGAACAACCUCUUGGAUGAGGUAUGUUCAGUAUAAUAGAACUAUUAACGCUUCACGACUUUAGUUCUGUAAAACUAGACUCUGGCCCCCAGGUGGCGCAGCGGGAUAUUCCGCUGGCACACCAGCACUGAGUUACUAAACUCCUCGGUUCGAAACUCAGUGUUGCCAUCUAGCGGGCAUGAUUGGUAGUGCCUGCAGCAGAUACUAAUUGGCCACCGUAUCUGCAGCGUGGGGGCCGGACUAUGUGUGGGUGGGUGGGUAGGGCUUCAUACACUGUGUAAGGACCCUGAUUGGCGGAAAGACGCCUGUGCAGAAUGCAGGGGCGAAAAAAAGCUGUGCAUGUGUCAAAAGAGGCGUGCACAGCGACGUGCUCUCCUCGGAUUCAAUCUGGUAUCUCUCGGCAGCAGAAGAAAAAAAAUUUGAGCACGCUAAAUCGGGAGGAAAAUGGGGAGAAAAUGCAUUAAAAAAAACUAGACUCUGACACCCGUGCUUCAGGGGGACAAUUGGACCCAAACCAUGCAGUACCCCUGUCUGAAAGCAUUUGUCCUUAUGUUUCCCAACACAUUUAAUCAGAUUAUGGUUUUCAUUUGUCACCUGUCUGUAUGUCAGAUCUGACCUGAUGUCAUUCCCGGCUCCUUAUUAAUCUGGACACCCCCAGCUCCAAUACUUCACUUUUAUUGUUCUUAAAGGAACUAGUUUGACAGGUUUUGCAUGGUAGAAGUUCAUCUUAGUCUCCUAUAUAUUUAUGUUGUGCCGUGCCUUGCUGUAUUGCCUUACUGGUUUAUUCCGUAGCUCCUUUGCCUUUUCGGAGAGGAGUUGUCUCCAUGUUUGGUGCAGAGACCAUUUUGCCAGACAAACCAAACACUGCAAAUUUGACCGAGUGUGUUUUUUGUUACUAUUCAGCCAAAGUGGACAAUAUUUAUAGAUCGUUUGUUGAUCUACUUAGACGAAUGGAUAUUUCAAAUGAAAUGGUAUAUUUUGCUCAUGUUUUGGAACACAAACUUUUGUCUUUUUUGACGGUUGUAUAUUCAUUGUAAAUAAUCUCCUAUCUAUUAGGUAAAACUUAUGAGUUGUUUAAGGGUGCAAAGGGAUAUCAUCUCAAGUGUUUAUCAAUACAGUUUUAGCAUUAUGUAUUUUAGAUACUGGUGUUUGGUACAGUCUACUAACGUUUUUUUCUUUCUAUUUUGAGCUUGCUUUGUAAAUUUUGUGAAAAGGAUUAUUGUAUUUCUAUUGUUCAUUGUCCUCCUUGGCCAUUUUUAUGAAUCAACAAAAACGUGAAACCUUUUUAUCCUACUUGUCAGCUCAUGAUGGUACAUUUAAUGAUAGACACAUUGUUGUUCAUGUGAAGUUCUGAGUAUCUUCCUUGUCCAUUUCAUUUUAAAACACUUUUUGUACAUUUGUAAACUUACCUGCAAUGUCUUGAGUAAACUAACAUAAAGCUUGGUCCAGUCCUUCUGUACAUGAGCAGAAAAAUGCUGAAACAUGCUGUAGUUCAUCUUGCACGCAUGUGUGUGCUCAGUGUGUUGAACUCAUUCUGGAUGGGCUUUAGCUUUGUGCCUUAAUUAUUCUUCAGGUCUUUAACAAGAGCGAGUCAGCUUUACUUGUUGAGGAGCCUAUACUGAUUUUUCCAGUACCUCAGAAUGAAAUAUUUAUUGCUGUAUGUAAUGCUAACUUUGAUUAAACUUUUAAAGCGCUGAUCGCACAAAGCUAAAAGCCGAAAGCACCUCCGCAAUUGAAGCCCGACCCCACAGCUAGAGCUCGACCCGUCUUCCUAAAUGUUCUAACAGUGCCAUCUGACCCGCAAGAAGCACUAGCACACUGCUGGCCAAGCAGAAUCUGCCUCCUGUGGAUCAACCAUGCGUGAUUUGCAUAUUGAACAUGUCAAAGGUUUUUUUGUAUUGAUUGAUAUUAUGUAAUGCAAAAAAUAAACAAGAUCAAAAAUCAUAA